AUAGAUCCAGAUCUAGAUAAAAACAUUUUGUUUGUUUCGUUUAAUCUAGAAUCUAAAUCUAGAUCUAUGUCAAACCAAAACAAAAUGGCAGCCCCCGUGAAACCAGACCUCGGACUUCUGGAAGAAGACGAUGAAUUUGAAGAAUUUCCAGCAGAAGAUUGGACAGGUGAAGAUGAAGAACCAGAUGAUAUCAAUGUGUGGGAAGAUAACUGGGAUGAUGACAACAUUGAUGAUGACUUCUCUAAGCAGUUGAGGGCAGAGCUAGAAAAGCAAGGGAAAAGCUUGGACAGCUCAGAACCAAUGAAGACAUAGUUAAUCAGAUGUUGUUUUUGUUCUGUUGAUUAUGUGUGUAUGUAUCUAAUAAUGGUGUGAAUGAACAAGAAAUCAUACAAAUGAUCUAAAUCCUAUCUGGCACAAGACACAUUUUGAAAUGUUGGUUGCAUUAUUUUUACAAUUGUUCUUGAAAAGUCAUGAUCAACAACUUAUUAUUUGGCAGACGUGGUUUCUGUUUCUUUUUUUUCUUUUUUUUAAAUGAGCACAGCAAACAUCAUAAAGGAUUUUUUGCAAACUUCUGGAUACAUUUCUGCUAUGGUUAUUUUUAAAACAAGGAAUUGAAUAAAUUAUUUUAAUUUGA